AUGGAAAAACGUUCGCUGAGACUGGUACUUGCUUUGGUGACAAUCUUUAUUUCUUUGCCUUUGCUCUUGGCUAAGCCUAACAACAAAAAUAACGGCGACUGUCCAAAACCGAGAGGGAAAGAUUGUACCACAGAAGAGGACAGAGAAAUCAUGAGGUGUUGUCUUGAGAAGUACAAGAAAGGCUUUGAUGAUCUAAGAGGUCAAGGUUCCCCCUUGCCAGGACAGGAUCCGCCUACCUGCCAAACUGAUCUGGUAAGUUCUCCUUUGUUCAGCAGCGGAUCUGAUUCUUUCCCACCAUGGAGUGUUGUGCCACACUUACCAUGCACUUAGGUCAAUAAUCAGAAGUAAACACAAAUAUCAACUUCACGUUUUGUACGCUAGUAAAUAUACUCAAAACCAUAUCUUUAUAAUAUUAUACAAUUCAAACAACUUGAGCCAGCUUUUGAUGUUAACACACUGAGAAGCUUAUGCAUUUUGAUAAAUAUGCUGUUGCUUUUUAUUGAUUCACCCGGCUAAGAUUCGGUUUCUGAGGCCCCGUACACCGGACGUAUCCGGAUAUUUUUGAAUCAACAGUUUUCGUUCGCUCAAAAAACGGGGGGCAACGGUGUAUUGUCAUAAACCACUCUGAUUUCAAGAAACGUUGCACUAUUUAUCUUUUGUUAGGAUUUGGCAGAAUGCCUUUCCAAAAGCAAAUGCUACGCAGGGGUUAACAACGCCCUUCGCCUGCUCAUUCUCAAUCAACUCGUCUUCACCAAAAGAGUAAGAAUCUGCCAACAAAAAAAUUUCACUCACCUCUUGGAAGAAGUCGAGAAAGGUAAGAUUCAAAUUCUUUCGCCCAGUUCUUUUUGAUUUCUCUAUCUGUGUUUGUAUUGAAUUAGAACGGAAGAAAUGCACAGGUUAAAACGCUUAAAUGAGAAGCACGACCUGUAUAAUAGCCAUCAUAAAGUGUCCUCACAGCCAAAGCUCACCAAAUGAUACACAUACAUACAUUCUUACUCUGUUUACAGGCAUUCAUAAAUGACAACUGAAGGAGGAUCGUGAGGUUAUCCCUGUAGUAAGAUCCCUCCUUACAGAUACACUAUGUAACUUACCAUCCCAGGAAAGGUUGGCCACACCACCGGGGUCUACAUCCCCUACCCUUUUUGAACAUUGGUGUGGGUUCUUCAACGUCCCACAUGAACAGAUCAGUGAAAGUGCUGUAAGACGGGACCUACCGUUUUUCGUCCUUAUCCGAGAAGACUAGAAAGUCUAACCGUUUGCAGAUGUCAUUACAAAGACAGCACUUUCUUCUCAGUAAUUAAAAGACCCUGAGUGUUGGUCCGGCCAGUGUUUGAGACCGCGACCUCCCGCUUGGCAUACCGGCGCACUCCCAACAGAGCUAACCAGGCGGCGGUUAAAUGAUACAUAUAAUCAUUUUAACAACGAAACACAACUCGUUUAAAUAUUAGGCAAAUAUAAAAGACAAUACCCGCAUUCAGUCCUGGUCAUAAAUAUCUUGUAUACCGCCAUUCUCACAACCACCAUAGCAGAUUUUGCGAACAAAACGUUCCAGUGUGAUCGUUGCAAGCUCUACUUUCCUUUACCUCUCCGCACGGCUUCUUCGGCAUCUAUUUCAGUUAUAGCCAAACCCCUGUUAUCCACCUAGAUCUGCAUUCUUCAUCGGAUAUUUUAGCCUCCCAUGCAGAUGUUCUUCGGGGUGUGGGUGGGGGGGAACCUCAUUCAUUUAUUGUUUAUAGUUAAAGAGGCUGGACUCAAAGGACAUAUAUCCAUAAGUAUGAUUUAUAAUGGGACCUAUGAACUUCCACAUUGCGAUAAGAAUGGCCACCACUUGCACUUGUUUUUCUCGACGUAGGAAUUGACCAAUAGCACGUAUCACAAGGGAGUUAUUUAGUUCUUACUGCAGCGAUUUUAUGUCCGCGAACCCCCACAAAAAGGCUGAUCGAGUGAUAACGAGGAAUGAAAAGGAUAUAUAGCAGAUUGAUUGAAUUUCAAGGUAGUAAAAUAACUGGUGCAGGGGAACUAAUUUUCCCUUCCCAUUCCUGUUAACUACGUGCGUCCCCUUCCGCGCUCGUUAUGGUCUCGUUAUUCUCAGUGAUAUUUUCCGUGUGUUCCUUACCAACGAGCUGGUACAAAUUGGGUAAAGAAAUGAUAUGCCUUUUAUUGUCAUGUCAUCAGUUAAUAACAAACUAAUAUGAUUCCGAGCAUUAUGAGUCCCACAUUCAUACGAAAAGAAAAAACAACAACAAACAACAACACGGGCAGCUGUCUUUCAAGUUUUCCUACACAAUGCAAUCCCUUUUAUUCAAAAAAGUAAGGGUUAACCGCUUUCAUCACUUUUUUCUCUGUCAGAACAUUUAACGGGACUGAGCGAUAUCAAGAAAAUGGGUACGUACACUAUAAAUAGAGCAAGUGUAGAACAAUUAUAAACAGAAAAAACAACUGUUAUGGUCAGUUAUCGUUCCCUCGGAAGUCUCUAGAAUUUGUAUAUUUUCACUUCUAAUUUUACGCACGGCGUCGUUGUCAGUUUAGUGUUGCGUCUCGCCGAUGCAGCAUCCAAGCUUUCUGUCUUUGCCGUUUGUCUUUCUCCGCAUUGCUACACAAUCGGUAAGAUUUGUACUUCCUAGUGCCUUUUUCUUUCAUAAGUUCAUUUUCUUAUUGUUAUUGUUCUAUUUAUUUCUGUUUAGCAAACCUCUAUUUGUCACCGGGAGAAGCGUUUGCGAAGCGGCAAUCUUUGAUCCUUGUACAGCGAUAUGUGUAUCAAUAAAAAUCAGUUAUACGGUUUUCCCUAACAACAACUGUAAACUUUGAUUAACUGACGUAGGCGAGUUUUUCUAAAGUGCCACAUGUCUAGUUGAUGUUACUUUUAGCGGAAUCUUUCAAUCAUACAUUUCUGUAAUUUCUUUAACCAUUAAUUAAAAUUAACUUACCCUGAUGCGGAUGCAAGAAGUUUCUCUUUUUAAAUACGUAUUGUUUUAUUGAGAAAAGAUAUAAUAAACAUGUCACGAGCACGGGACAAAGAAAAAAAUCAGAGUCCCCUACAGGAAUUGAACCUAUGACCUUCCGUACACGGAUUGGAUGCUCUAACCACUGAGCUACGAAGGACUCGUGGCGAGCUGGGCCAUAUACAAGGUUCAUGUAUGACAUGCGUCCUGCGUACUGCUAGGAUAUCAGAAAUGUCGAAAUCGUCCUGUUGGUGAUGAAUAAAGAAUGAUGAUAAAUUUUAAGCUCGGUAAAGAAAUGAGAAAUGAUAUAAUCAACAUGCCACGAGCACGGGACAAAGAUAAAAUCUGACUCCCCGACAGGAAUUGAACGUGUGACCUUCCGUACACCGGUCGGAUGCUCUAACCACUGAGCUACGAAGGACUCGUGGCGAGCUGGGCUAUAUACAAGGUUCACGUAUGUAUUGUUUUUUUGUUGAAAAGCCUGUCUAUGUGCUUAAAAGAAUCGUUUCAAUUCUGUUUUAACUCAACAGAAAGUUUGCCUUAUGAAAAAUGCGCUCAAGAUGUGUACCUAGAGUGCGGCAGAGAGUUCAGGGAAGUUUUACAGAGUUACCCUGAUGGCUUCAGACCGAGUGAAUUGUGUUUUGUCUUCGUUCAUGAAGGAAACUGCAACACAAGGGAGGCCCAAAAGAGGAAUUGCACUGAAUCCGCUGUAUUGAACCGGUUCAAACUUAAUUCAUUUAAGGCAGCUGGAGUCGUUCUGCCCGCUUUGUGUUCUCUGCCUGACAAAGCAAAGCGAGGCCAUUAG